AUGGCAGGGCCCGUGGGGGCUCCUCUAACCAACGAGGCACCUUCCUCAGUCUUGGAACCAAAGAGACACUCGGCAUGCGAUGAGUGUAGGAAACGAAAGCUCAAAUGCUCGGGGGAGAUCAGUGGCUGCUCCCGAUGCUUGAAGCAGUCGAUUAUAUGCAACUAUUCAGUACAAAAGCCCAUGGGUAGACCGCCGAAGAAAAGGGCGCGGGCCGACGAUGAGGAAGGCGAUCUUCCAAUGCAGAGCAACAUUGUCUGGCCUACCCCAGAAGACACACCGCCAGACUCUUUCACGAUGGGACACGAGCCCGUUGUGACAACAGACGCGCAGUAUCUUUGUCCACAGUUCUUUGUUCAUCACGGCGGGCCGCCACAGCCGUCGGAUUUAGAUCUGCUCGCCGGCGAUGAAGACCACAACCAUAGCUGGCGCCCUGACCGUUUGAGAAACUCCAAUAUGCCAGUCCCCGAGUCGUCAAGUCCCUGGCCUGACUUUGCAACCGUAUCCGAAUCAACCUCGACGCUAUUUCCACACCCGACAAAUUUCCUUGACGCUCAUUCCCUUCCUUUGACCCCUCCAAUGACCAACCUCGCCGACCCCGCCACACCUCAAUGUACAUGCCUGUCUUAUCUUUAUCUAUGUCUCAGCCACAUAUCCUCCGUCGGCUCUUUCCCCAUCAACUCUCAUACAUUAUGCUCACUAUACAUCGCAGCCAGAACCGCGCAGGACGUGAUUCGCUGCGAAGCAUGUCCCAAAAAUUUUGCUACCGGCGUGCAGAACGUCAUGUUCACUGGAACUCUUCUCACAGUCGUCGCAGACGCUUGGCUACGAGUUUACAAUAGUGACGCUUCCGAGCUUGGCACGCAGUCCGCUCCACCCGAAUUCGCCAGCAAAGUAACGCAGAGUCCCAAUCCAGCAGAGGGAUGGAAGAGUUGGCUCCGUCAGAUCGUUCGCCGUGCUGUAGUCGGUGGACCUCUGAGUCCAGAGGCCGGUACGCGUUGUUCUGGACAGCCCGAUCUUCUCUCUUUGAUCAGAGAAGUCGAGAAUCGCCAGCGACGAUGGCAUGAACCUGGACAGCACCCCAUGGAACGAUACACUCCCCAGCGCUGCUCGCCUGUUGGGCAUAACUUUAACGAUGGAGACCAGCACGAUGAAAAGAAGUUGCUGUGUAUGCGUGUGGUCGGGAGCGCGAGAGUGGUCCUCUCGAAAUUCAAUUUCGAGCCUCAUGAUUUUCCCGAAGGGGUCAUACCUGAUGAUAUGAAACAAAUAUCACAUCCAUGA